AUGUGCGCAGCCACUUUCGUGCGACUUGCCAACCGCAGUGUGCCUCGCGUCAUGGACACCGUCGCCGCUCGUCUCGCCGCCACACGGCAGGUGGCGCCGGCAGCUGCGCUUCGCCCGCAUCCUCGCCGCACUCCCGUCGCGACUCUUACAUCUCUCUCCCGCGUCGGCCCGCAGCUACUGACACGCUGCCACGUGUCGCCGUCUGCGUCGCAUGGCGUUCGCGCAGCGUCGUCGGGCUCCUCUACUCAGUUGUCGUCGGAUUUCGUCAACUCGCAGCUGCGACACUUCAGUGGGCGACCCCUGUCGCCAGCCCUAGCACACUCGCCAGGAGUGGCGCCUCGGCGGCGCUUCCACCGCUCUGCACCGUGCCGUGCUGCCGCCAGCGGAGGCAGGAUCAGCCAGGGCGAGUUCACGGAGGCGGCGUGGCAGGUGAUAAUCGCGUCGCCGGAGGUGGCGAAGGAGAGCCGUCAGCAGAUCGUGGAGACGGAGCACCUCAUGAAGGCGCUGCUGCAGCAGCGCAACGGCCUCGCGCGCCGCAUCCUCGCCAAGGCCGGCAGCGACGGCACGGAGCUGCUCUCCGCCACCGACCGCUACAUCGCGCGCCAACCCAAGGUGUCGGGCGACUCGAGUCAGAUGCUGGGGCGCGAUCUGGAGGCGCUGAUAGAGCGCGCGCGCGGCUUCAAGGCGAGCAUGGGCGACGAGUUCGUGUCCAUCGAGCACCUGCUGCUCGCGUUCACCGGCGACCGCCGCUUCGGCGAGAAGGCGCUGCGCGACGCUGGGCUGUCGCAGGCGGCGCUGGAGAAGGCCGUCGCUGAAGUGCGCGGGUCGCAGAAGGUCACUGACCAGCAGCCGGAGAACAAGUACGAGGCGUUGGAGCGGUACGGGCGGGAUCUGACGGAGAUGGCUCGGCAGGGCAAGCUGGACCCGGUGGUGGGGCGAGAUGAUGAGAUCCGCCGCGCCAUCCAGAUCCUCUCGCGCCGCACCAAGAACAACCCCGUGCUCAUCGGCGAGCCUGGCGUGGGCAAGACUGCUAUUUCUGAAGGGUUGGCGCAGCGCAUAGUGCAGGGCGACGUGCCAGAGGCGCUCAUCAACCGCAAGCUGAUCUCGCUGGACAUGGGCGCGCUGAUAGCGGGAGCCAAGUUCCGGGGCGAAUUUGAGGACCGGCUGAAGGCGGUGCUGAAGGAGGUGACGGACAGCAACGGCGGCAUCGUGCUCUUCAUUGAUGAGAUCCAUACUGUUGUUGGUGCCGGAGCGAGCGAGGGCGCAAUGGACGCGGGCAACCUGUUAAAGCCCAUGCUGGGUCGCGGCGAGCUGAGGUGCAUCGGAGCCACGACGCUGGACGAGUACCGCAAGCACAUAGAGAAGGACCCCGCCUUGGAGCGCCGCUUCCAGCAGGUGUACGUGGGGCAGCCGACUGUGCCGGACACCGUCAGCAUCCUGCGCGGGCUGAGGGAGCGCUACGAGUUGCACCACGGGGUGCGCAUCAGUGACAACGCGCUCGUGGCCGCGGCUACGCUGUCGGAUCGUUACAUCUCCGACCGCUUCCUGCCGGAUAAAGCCAUCGACCUGGUGGACGAGGCAGCAGCGAAGAUAAAGAUGGAGAUCACCAGCAAGCCCACGGCGCUGGACGAGGUGGACCGUUCCGUGCUCAAGCUCGAGAUGGAACGCCUCUCCCUCGGGAACGACACCGACAGGCUGUCCCGGGAGCGCUACGAGCGGCUGGAGACCGAGCUCAAGGUCCUCAAAUCCCGCCAGGCUGAACUCACGGAACAAUGGGAGCGCGAGAAAUCGGUGAUGUCGCGCAUCCAGAGCAUCAAGGAGGAGGUGGACCGCGUGAACGUGGAGAUCGGGCAGGCGGAGCGAGACUACGACCUCAACCGCGCGGCGGAGCUCAAGUACGGCAACCUCAUCUCCCUCGAGAAGCAGCUCUCUGAUGCCGUGGCGGCCCUGAACGAGUACCAGCAGUCGGGCAAGUCCAUGCUGCGCGAGGAGGUCACGAGCAGCGAUAUCGCGGAGGUGGUGGCCAAGUGGACGGGCAUCCCGGUGGAUAAGUUGCAGGAGUCGGAGCGGGAGAAGCUGCUGAAGCUGGAUGAUGAGCUGCACAAGAGGCUCAUCGGCCAGGAGACGGCCGUCACUGCUGUGGCGGAGGCCAUUCAGCGGUCGCGCGCUGGGUUGUCGGAUCCCAACCGGCCCAUCGCGAGCUUCAUGUUCAUGGGACCCACUGGUGUGGGCAAAACCGAGCUGGCCAAGUCCCUGGCAGCCUUCCUCUUCGACAGCGACGAGGCACUGGUGCGGAUAGACAUGAGCGAGUACAUGGAGAAGCACUCUGUGUCGCGCCUCAUCGGAGCCCCGCCCGGCUACGUGGGGUAUGAGGAGGGCGGGCAGCUGACAGAGGCGGUGCGGCGGCGGCCGUACUCCGUGGUGCUGUUUGACGAGGUGGAGAAGGCGCAUGGCGACGUCUUCAACGUCUUCCUGCAGAUUCUGGACGACGGGAGGGUGACGGACAGCCAGGGCCGCACGGUGUCGUUCCGCAACACGGUGAUCAUCAUGACGUCCAAUGUUGGCUCGCAGUACAUCCUGCAGGCUCUCGACCACCAGACAGCAGACAAGGACGUGCAGUACCAGGUGAUGAAGGAGCGGGUGAUGGAUUCAGCGCGUUCCAUCUUCCGCCCUGAGUUCAUGAACCGCAUCGACGACUUCAUCGUCUUCCAGUCACUGGACCCCGCUCAGAUCACGCGCAUCGUGCGCCUGCAGCUGGCGCGCGUGCAGCAGCGCCUCAAGGACCGCAAGAUCCGCCUGCAGGUCACCGACGCCGCCGUCGACCACCUGGGCCACCUCGGGUACGACCCGGCGUACGGUGCUCGCCCGGUGAAGCGGGUGAUCCAGCACGAGGUGGAGAAUGAGCUGGCCAAGGGCAUUCUGAGGGGGGAUUUCGGGGAGGAUGAUGUGGUGGUGGUGGAUACCGAGAUUGUGGUGGGGGGUGCUGGUGGGGUGCCGACGACGCGGCUUACGUUUAAGGCGGAGCACGGAGGGGCGUUCAGUGGUGGGGAGAGUGAUGCGGAGGCCAAGGAGCAGGCCAAGAGCUUUCAGCGCCCCCCCCCAGCAAUGGCGCUGGCGCAGCAGCGGCGCGCCGCAGUACUGUCGUACCCGCCGUUGAAGCGGCGGGGCGCGGCGGGAUCGCUGGCGCGCGUGAUCGGCGACGACGGGCUUCGCGCAGACGGCCGGUCGCUGGAGGAGAGCCGCGCCGCUUUCCUCAAGGCAAAGACGGUCACACAGGCGUCGGGGUCAGCUUAUGCGGAGUUUGGCGGCACCAAAGUGAUAGUGGCCGUCUUUGGGCCGCGGGAAAGUCGCAAGGCAGAGCAGUCAGUGGGGGGGAAGGGGCGGCUCAAGUGCGACGUCAGAAUAGCACCCUUCGCCACUCCAAAUCGGAACAGCAGCACGCAGGGAGCAGAGGAGCGGCUAGCAAGCGAGGUGGAGACUGCGCUGCUGCCGGCCAUUCAGCUGCACCUCUUCCCCAAGGCCACUCUUGAUAUCUCGCUGCUGCUGCUGGAGUCGGGUGGAGGUGAGAGCACACACGCUCACAGCACACCAGGUGAACCAGGUGGUAACCAGGUGGUAACAGGUUUCAGCUGCACCCUUGACAUCUCCCUGCUGCUGCUGGAGGUCGGUGGAGCGGACGUGGCGGUGAUGAUCACAGCAGCAUCCUUGGCGCUGGCAGAUGCAGGCGUGCACCUCAACGACCUGGUUACCGCAUCUGUAGUGAGCAUCUGUCGUGGCGACCUGCUAUUGGAUCCCAGCUCUCAGGAGGAGCGGGUGGAGGAGGGGCGGGUGGUGGUGGCGCUGAUGCCAUCGCUGAACGAGGUGGUGCUCUGCAAUGUCACCGGGAACAUGUCGGUCAAACGAGUCAAUGAAGCGGUGGAGCUGGGUAUUGCUGGGUGCAUGAGACUAGAUGAAGUGUUACGAGCUACACUCAGGGACGAAGCAGCAGCUGCUUUAACAUGA